UGAUGAUUCUCGAUCAUAAAAUCGGUUUUGAAAUAAGCACACGGAACGAUAGCCUGAAGUGUCUACUUUCAGAAUCUGUAAAGAUUUUGGUUAUAGAAGUGAUUUUUCGUCGCUUUCAAGCAAGUUUCCUAGGAGCCUCCCAAAACAGGAUCUUGUAGUUAUGUGUCCAGAUUAAAACAAAACAAACUCGAACCAGUCCAUGUAGUUAUGUGUCCAGUUUAAAAUAAAACAAACUCGAACAUUCUAACUUGAAGUAUAUUAAAAAAUCUUCGGAAAUACUUCAUGGACCAUUUCAAACCUUGAUCACUGAAAAACUCCUGAACGGUGAGACUUUCAGACAAAAAGAAUUUUACAUUCCCGUAACUCAUUCUGCCCAACAUUUAUGGAAAGUUUCGUCAAGAUCGGAUACGUUUAAAGCAUUUUUGUAAGCUAAACGAGUGUAAAAGUUACCGAUUAUUUAUCAAACUACUAUUUUCCCAAGAAGUUACUGUCCUUCCAUCCCACUUAUGUGUUUGACAUACAGCAGUUUCGAACAUCUGAAUAUUCGUGAUAACGACUUUUUUUUAAAGCCAAAUACCUGGCAUACAAACACCAUAUUUUUCACUUCAGUGACUGAGAAAAGAGAAAAAACUAGUGAAGCCCUUACCAGAACGGACAUCAUAAUCAGAGAAUGACCCACUAAGCGAAAUAUCUGAUACAAAAUGUGCACCGUGUAGUUAAGGAAUUUGAAUAAUACGAAUUUAGUCUAGAGUCUAUGAAAUAUCGAUUAUUAAUUAAGUGUAUGUAAGGGUCGAUAUUAGAAAAAAAUUGUUUUUGACAAACAGAAUGGUUUUGUAAAGUUUUGAAAAAAUGGUCGUACUUAAAGCAGGCAAUGAUAUAAGACAUUCCCAACAGCCAUCGACAUAAACUGUCAGAUAUUUAGUUUUAAAAAAAGUCGUUAUCACGAAUAUUCAGAUGUUCCAAACUGCUGUAUGUCAAACACAUAAGUGGGAUGAGAAGACGGUAGAUAUCUGACAUCUUGAAUUGCGAGUUAUGUAAUAUAUGUCAGAAGAUUACCACGUUUAUCAGUAUCACUCAUAAGUUCGAUGUGCGUACUUCCAGUACUGGAAAUAGUUCUUCAAUUGGUUUAAACUGCCCUUAAAAACGUGAUUAUUACUAAGGGAGUAGUUCUGCACUUUUCGUUCAUGACAUAAGUUAUAAAUCGGAACUAAUAAAAAACAGGUAUUUUCCUCAUUAUAAGCACAGAUAUCAUUAUCUAUUCAGACCUCAUCAAUGCAACCAACUAUGAAAGCUUUUUAUCAUACACAACAUUUGUGAUUUGCCGACUUCCUCUGUAUGAAUACGUGAAACUAAUAAUGUAAAUACAUGCAGCAGAAAACGUAUUGAGUUAAAAACGCAGUCCCAAAUAGCAUCUAAACUUUCACUUUGAUCACCACUCUAGAAACGCGAUACAUCCGAUGACUAUUUGUGACCGUGAAAGACAAGUAUGUGGCAUCUUGCUUUUGCUGAUGUGCCUGUUAUCCAAUAGUAAUGGGCUACCUGUAUGCAAAAGUUCAGAAUUACCUUGUGGUACCACGUGCUACCUGUCAUUCCAGGAUACAUGCUACGAUAAUAAAAUACUGCGCAAAGUUGGAUUAUCCAUCUGUGGCACCACGUGCUAUAGUCAAUAUCAGCAGAAAUGCAUAAAUAACGUUCUGCAUUAAUUUCACAUGUAUGUAGCGAACUUUUAUUUCUUGUGAAGUAAUUGUUUUUAUGAAAUGAAACUCGGUUUGUUAUCUGAAUUUCGUAUACUAGAACUUUUAACAUGCACUACUAGAGACGGGGUGUAACAUUCAUUCAUUUUUUCGGUGCAAUUGACACGAAUUCGUCUUUUGUUUGAAAUAUUAACGAAUGUAACGAAUUUGUGUUGAAAAAAUUAAAUUAGAAAAUUUGAUUUAAUUGAUUGAAUCAAAUUGAAGUAGUGAGAAAAGAGAAAAGCUAGUGAAGUUGUUACUAGAACGAACAUCAUCAUCAGAGAACGACCUACUAAGCGAAAUACGUAAUAAAAAACUGUGCACCAUGUAAGAAUGAAAGUCAAAUAGGAAAAGAAAAUUUACAACUCCAGUGUUCUAUUUGCAACAAAAAACGGUCAUAAGUGUCACAGCGUUACCGUUUUUCUGAUUUUUCUUUGAUUUUGAGUCGUUAUCACGAAUAUUCAGAUGGUCGAAACUGCUGUAUGUCAAACACAUAAGUGGGAUGGAAGGACAGUAACUUCUUGGGAAAAUAGUAGUUUGAUAAAUAAUCGGUAACUUUCACACUCGUUUAGCUUACAAAAAUUCUUUAAACGUCGCCGAGUUAAUUCAAAUAAGUCAAAUUGACGAUGAGCUUUGAAAAACGCGACACUAGUGGGAACAAUUAACGUAUAAACUUUUCUCUUUCAAAAUAUAAAUUAGAUAAAUUCCACUAACGAAUUUCUAAAUUGAAGGUAUUAAAAAAAUAUGAAAUCACUUUUGCAUGAAUGAUUCGAAUAUGUGAAUUUGUUAUUGUUUUACCAGGAAACUAAUUCAUUCUUCUUAGGCAAUACAAGGCUGGAGAUGAAGAUGUAUUGCGAAUUAUUCGUCAAAUUGAAAAUGAAUUGGAACCAAUACUUCAUGAAAAUGAUAUGAACGUGCCAGAUGAACAUGAAAAACGUAUUAAAUUUUUAUUAGGGAUACUUACAUCUGUCAGUGAUAUUACUGCUUACUUUCCGUCGUUGGCAAAACAAUUAAUGGAUGAAGUAUUGCAACAAAGACAUUCAUGA